GUUUUAAUAACUUUGAGUGGACGCCCGGGCGACUUCUUGCCUCCUGCUCCCUCCGUUUUUUCGUGAGCCCCAGUUGCCAUGUACCUCUUUCUGUACAUUUGGCUUUUAGCUUCUGUCUGGUCAUGCCUGGCUGCAGCUCCCUCAACGACGAUCGCAAAGAGAGGUAACAACUCCUUCGUGAGCUCUAGUAAGGAUGGAUUUUCCGCCAACGGAAGCUCACUCAGAUUCAUUGGGACGAACUUGUACUGGUUACCGACGUUGGAAACGAACGAUGAUAUCUGGAAUGUCCUGAAGAACAUCUCCGAUACGGGUAUCAAGGUCAUCAGGAUUUGGGCAUUUAAUGACGUGGAAACCAUUCCGGAGGGUGGGACGUGGUUUCAGUUGGUACAAAACGGCACUACCACAAUCAACGAUGGACCGACUGGACUCCAGAAGCUUGAUACUGUGGUUCAAAUGGCGGAACAACAAGGACUAUAUGUUAUCAUGUCGCUGACGAACAACUGGAAUCCAGUACCUAACGCAACGACGUCCGGCGGCGGUACACCCCUGGUGCUUUCGUCGGUCGCUACGCCGCGUAACACUCUUUCCAAUGACUAUGGCGGUAUGGAUCUCUAUGUCCGCCAGUUCGCACUUCAGAAUCACGACGAUUUUUACACGGACGCCAAUAUCUUGUCUGCCUUCCAGAACUACGUCAAGCAGAUCGUAUUGCGCUAUUUCGAUAGCCCUGCUGUCUUCAGCUGGGAGCUUGCAAAUGACGCCAGAUGCAACUCGACCAUGCCCACUAGUGCAACAUGUACCACACAAACCAUCACGAAGUGGCAUGCUCUGAUGGCUGCAUUUAUUGCCUCUCUCGAUCCCAACCACAUCGUCUCCGCUGGAACAUCUGGGUUGCAAUGCACAGACUGUGCGAAGUUAUACCCCGUUACACCAACAGCUUCAGCUACGCCCUCUCCCGCACCUGGCAAGAAGCGCAAGAGAGCCACUCCUUUGACAAAAGAGCAGAUCAUAAGGCAGCGCGCUGAGUCGCGACGCCUAAACAGGGCAGCCGCUAAGCGUGCAGGAACAUUGAAGGAAGACGGGAUAAUGAUAAGGGGUCGCUGGGUGUCCACAGCAACACGAGAAGUCUCCAGCUCGAUCGGCUCCACAACGGAUGGCUCAUCUGGGGUCGACAGCCAGGACAUCCUUAACAUCCCUAACAUAGGCUUCGGUUCCUUCCAGGUAUUUCCAGAUCAGGAAUCGUACGGUCCCGAUGACCCAAAUCUUGACCCCGUUGCAAACAAAAUCGCUUCGAGUCUUGCGUGGAUUAAUCAAUCGGCUCAGUCUGCUGCCGCCGUCGGGAAGCCUCUUGUCCUCAACGGAUUUGGUCUAGUCACCCAAACCAAUUUGAACAGCUUCGUCCCGUUCAACAUGAGUUAUGCCCCUUACACAUCAAAUACAGCGACGACAAGUUUUGCUAAUACCACGCAACAAGAACAGGGUUACACCUCGUUUUUGCAGAUGGGCAACAGCGCUGGAUUGGCAGGCAUCAUGCAGUAUCAGUGGGGCUCGAGCGGCAUUGUCGAAUCAAGCGCCACCAUCCAGUUAGACACAACCAACACCCCAACGACGGCGUCGCCUAACGAUGGUUACUCCAUUGCCGACAACCCAGACAUUCAACAAAUCCUGAAGCAGGGCGCGCAGGCUAUAGCUGGAAAUUCAUGAGGACUUUAAUGGCUUGUUUACAUAGGUGAAUGCAUAGGCGAAGGUCUUUUUUUUUCUCCUGUUGUGUAUUGGUUUCUUUGCUCCAGAGACACUGUUUGUUUUUUUAGUAUUGUGAUUCUUAAGAGUCAUACGUAGCACAUCUACGAUAGAAGAGCGAGGUCAUCUAUCUCCUUCUCGCAUUUGAUACGUGCGUCCUCGGGGCCGAUGCGCA